UUCAGAAUAAAGACAACUUUUCAGAGACAAAGGUGGCCCAAGAGAAGGGGAAGGAGAUGGAACAGCAAGACCCAGAAGGACCUGGAACUGGCAAGAGAGCAAGCGAAGGCCCCGAUCCCACCCCAGCUGCGAGUGGUGUUGAAUUCUGGGAAAGGGCUGUGCCAGAGGUCAUGGCUAAGAUCACUCUGACUUCAGAAGUAUGUUACCAAUUCUUCCGGCAGUUCCGCUACCAUGAGGCUGAUGGGCCCCGAGAGGUUUGCAGCCAGCUCCAUUUACUUUGCAGCCAGUGGCUGAAGCCAGAGAAGCACACCAAGAAGCAGAUCCUGGACCUGGUGAUCCUGGAGCAGUUCCUGACUCUCCUGCCCCAGGAAAUCCAGUGCUGGGUCAGAGGAUGUGGGCCGGAGACCAGUUCCCAGGCGGUGGCCCUGGCCGAAGGUUUCCUCCUGAGCCAGGCAGAGGAGAAGAGGCAGGCAGAACAGAUGCGGGGACCACCUUUGGAGAUGGAAGCUGCAAUCCCUGAGGCAGAAGGAGCUUCCUUGGAGCAGGGGCAGAGGGUGCAGGCGGUGGAGCGUGCCCAAGAUGCCCUCUCCUGUGGAACAGGCAGUGAAGAGAUGCUGUUGAGCCGUUGUCUUUUCCAAGGUGUGGGAACAGUCGCUGCACCUCCAACCCAGGGUCCCUUUUCCUUGGAGGAGGUGUCCGUCUCAUUCACGGAGGCAGAGUGGGCCCUGCUGGAUCCGGGACAAAGAGCUCUGUACAGGGAAGUCAUGCUGGAGAACUAUGGGAACGUGGCCUCUCUGGGAGGUGAUUGGGAAAAAUUUAGUAUGAAUGGCCAUCUUCAAAGGCAUCAGAGAACCCACACAAGGGAGAAACCUUUUGAGUGCUCAAAGUGUGGACAGAGAUUUGGUAUGAGUGGCAGUCUUCAACGUCAUCAGAAGAUCCACAAAGGGGAGAAGCCUUUUGAAUGCUCAGAGUGUGGAAAGAGAUUCAUGUGGAGUGGCAAUCUUCAAAGGCAUCAGAGAACCCACACAGGGGAGAAGCCUUUUGAAUGCUCAGAGUGUGGACAGAGAUUCAAUCAGAGUGGCAAUCUUCAAUAUCAUCAGAGAACUCACACAGGGGAGAAGCCUUUUGAAUGCUUGGAGUGUGGAAAGAGAUUCAGUCAGAGUGGCAGUCUUCAAAGGCAUCAGAGAACCCACACAGGGGAGAAGCCUUUUGAAUGCUCAGUGUGUGGAAAGAGAUUCAGUGAGAGUGGCAGUCUUCAAAAUCAUCAAAGAACCCACACAGGGGAGAAGCCUUUUGAAUGCUCAGAGUGUGGAAAGAGAUUCAAUCGGAGCGGCAAUCUUCAAGAGCAUCAGAGAACCCACACAGGGGAUAAGCCUUUUGAAUGCUGGGAGUGUGGAAAGAGAUUUAGUACGAGUAGUGAUCUACAAAAGCAUAAAAGAACCCACACAGGGGAGAAGGAUUUUGAAUGCUCAGAGUGUGGAAAGAGAUUCAGUCUGAGUGGCAGUCUUCAAAGGCAUCAGAGAACCCACACAGGGGAGAAGCCUUUUGAAUGCUCAGAGUGUGGAAAGAGAUUCAGUCAGAGUGGCAAUCUUCAAUAUCAUCAGAGAACUCACACAGGGGAGAAGCCUUUUGAAUGCUCAGAGUGUGGAAAGAGAUUCAGUCAGAGUGGCAAUCUUCAAUAUCAUCAGAGAACCCACACAGGGGAGAAGCCUUUUGAAUGCUUGGAGUGUGGAAAGAGAUUCAGUCAGAGUGGCAGUCUUCAAAAUCAUCAGAGAAUCCACACAGGGUAGAAGCCUUUUGAAUGCUCAGAGUGUGGAAAGAGAUUCAGUCAGAGUGGCAAUCUUCAAUAUCAUCAGAGAACCCACACAGGGGAGAAGCCUUUUGAAUGCUUGGAGUGUGGAAAGAGAUUCAUGUGGCGUGGCAGUCUUCAAAAGCAUCAGAGAACCCACACAGGGGAGAAGCCUUUUGAAUGCUCAGAGUGUGGAAAGAGAUUCAGUCAGAGUGGCAAUCUUCAAACGCAUCAGAGAACCCACAUAGGGGAGAAGCCUUUUGAAUGCUGGGAGUGUGGAACGAGAUUUAGUAUGAGCAGCCAUCUUCAAAAGCAUCAGCGAACCUACACAGGG